UGGUGCCCAUUCCCCUUGCACAUGUCAGAAAGAAAGAAAGCAAGAAGAGAGCGGAGGCGCCAAUUUGGUUCACUAUUUUGUGAUUUUUCUGAUCUGUUAUGUCACGACGUGGAAAAACAACAACUUCUGUUUACGUCCGAAAUAUACACCAUGACGUUGUUUCUGAUGAUCUGCGGAAAAUGUUUUCCAAGUAUGGUCCACUAAGUGAUGUAUAUGUACCAUUGGAUUACUACACAAGAGAACCUAGAGGUUUUGCCUAUGUUCAGUUUGAUUAUGUGGAGGAUGCUGAAGAUGCUGUGCAUUAUUUGGAUGGUACAACUUUAUUCGGACGUGCUUUAGAAGUACAAAUUGCGCAAGGUGAUCGUAAAACACCUUCUCAAAUGAGGUAUCGUGGAGGCGGAUCAGGAGGGCCAAGACGCGGCCGAAGAAGUUUUUCACGCAGUCGCUCCAGGUCACGAAGUCCGCGCCGUCGACCCAGACGUCGUUCCUACUCACGUUCACGAUCUCGUAGUCCACCGCGACACGCUAGCCGAAGCAGAAGUAGAAGUCCCCCACGAAGAAGUAGAAGCCGAUCGAGAUCUCAUUAAAGAAUUUUUAGCAUGUUUCUGUACAUAAAUAUUCGUUGUAUGUCUAAUAGACGUGUACUGUUGACCGUUGUGUGCGAGUGGUUUUUAAUAAGGAAAGACAUUUGAUAUUAUUGUUAACAAUAACUGUAACAAAAGUAACAUAGAAAUAUUAUUUUAUAAAAACAA